UCCUUGUGCUUCGUCUACCCCCUUGACUUUGCCCGAACCCGCCUGGCAGCGGAUGUGGGUAAAGCCGGGGCUGACCGGGAGUUCAGCGGCCUCGGUGACUGCCUGGUCAAAAUCUUCCGGUCGGAUGGCCUCAGGGGCCUGUACCAGGGCUUCAAUGUCUCUGUCCAGGGCAUCAUCAUCUACAGAGCUGCCUACUUCGGUAUCUACGACACCGCGAAAGGGAUGCUUCCAGACCCAAAGAACACCCACAUCGUUGUCAGCUGGAUGAUUGCUCAGACCGUCACCGCUGUUGCCGGUUUGGUCUCCUACCCUUUUGAUACAGUUCGCCGUCGCAUGAUGAUGCAGUCUGGCCGUAAAGGAACUGACGUAAUGUACACAGGCACUAUUGACUGCUGGCGGAAGAUUGCCCGGGACGAGGGCUCCAAGGCGUUUUUCAAAGGUGCAUGGUCGAAUGUACUCCGAGGAAUGGGUGGUGCUUUUGUCUUAGUUCUAUACGAUGAAAUCAAGAAGUACACAUAAGUUGCUUCCUGUUGUGAACUGGCAUGUUGUUCUGUGUAGUCUGUGACUGUUCAUGGACUUGUUUGAAAACCGUCUAGUUACUGAACAGUGACAGAUAAUGUUUAUACAGGUUGGCAUGGCGCAGGAACAACUGCCUGCCCUGUCUUUAUCAAAUUAUUCCCCUUGAUGGGACUCGCCAUGGUUUCUAUUUCAGGCACUCCUGCUUAAAGACUACAAAAAAAUAAAAAUCUGAAACCAA